AACCACGGACACAGCAUGCUGCUCUCUGUGCCUCUGGUGAAAUCCAAUCAGUCGAGCUUCAGAAGCGAAGCAGGAAAAAUCUUGCGACCCUCGGACCUGAGCCAGCCCCACAAGAAGCUUAAGCGGGCAUUUUUCCUGCGAAUUUGUGGUCGGGAACGUGAAAUCAUGGCGUGCGCAUCGCAAGCUCUGAUGAACACGCUGAUAUCCGCGAACGGUUGCGCGUUCAACCCUUCGCCGAGGUUUUUCUCCGGCAGGUGUCAACCGCUGACGAAGCGAGAACCCAAGCCCUCAGCCGUCCGAGCUUCCUCCGAUGAUGCCGACUGCAAUGUCGAAGAGUGUGCUCCUGAUAAGGAGGUAGGGAAAGUGAGCAUGGAAUGGUUAGCAGGAGACAAGACCAAAGUGGCCGGCACUUUUCCUCCAAAGAAGAAAGGUUGGACCGGAUAUGUUGAGAAGGACACUGCUGGUCAAACCAACAUAUACUCAGUCGAGCCUGCAAUUUACAUAGCGGAAAGUGCGAUAAGCUCGGGAACUGCAGGUUCAUCUGCCGAUGGAGCUGAAAACACGGUAGCAGUUGCUGCGGGUCUCGCUCUCAUUUCCAUAGCCGCCGCUUCGGCAGUACUCCUCCAGGUCAGCAAGAACGAACCCCAGGUGCCAACGGCCGUGUACUCCGGGCCAGCUCUAAGUUACUACAUCGACAAAUUCAGACCGCCAGAAAUCAUCCAAGCGUCGGUGCCAAGCCAAAUCGAAUCUGCGGUAGCGACACAACCAGAAAUGUCUGCCCCGGAAGUUUCGCAGAUUCAAGCUGCUUCUAGUGAUCAGCCCGAGGCCACAUCGUGAAUGUGAGAAUCGGAGUUUCUUGGGAGAACUCUAAGCUCUGUUUUGUUGAGGGCUCUUCUUUUAUACUGUAAAUGCAACUCGGUUUAUUCAAAAAGGAAAGGGCAAGUAAUGUUUUCUUACUGCAAGUAUUCUACUGAGUAGAUGUGUAGUUGAAACCAGUCGGCCGGUUCUU